ACAAUUGCACUUCUGCAAGUCUGAACUACAUCCUACAACUCCACCUUGUGACUAAUAAUAUACUGCAUGCCGGUGUAAGGUUUCCGGUGUUAUGGCGACCUGGAGCAUACAUUUUUGCUUGCAGAAGAGUUUGGUUGUGCUGUGAGGUAAGCCAAGGCAACUCUCCCAUGUGUUUCUGUGGGACUGACUAUGCUGCUGUUGGUAGCACUGGUCAUGGUCUGUACUUGCACUGUGGUAGCUGCCGAGGAGGCUGAGAACACCAGCCACAUACCACCACUCCACUACAGCAGCCUCGCGCUGCCACAGCACCAUAUCCCCUACUUCCUCCACAGUAACAAGAGAGUGGCCAGGCUUUGUCGAGAGGACCCGCUCUGCCCUUUUAAAGAUGCUCUGCUGGAUGUGUCGUCUUGCUGGGGGUAUGAGAAGAACUGUGCCCCAGAGAACCGCUUUGGCUAUCCUGUCUGCACCAAGAUCGACUCUGGAUGGGCCAGCUCAGUGGAGGCAGCCCAGGAGCUGUUCUGGAAACAGGCAGACUUUGGUUAUGUCAUGGAGCGCCUCAGUGAGAUGAAGACCCUCUGCAAGGCCACCAAUCCUGGAGAUUCAUCUCUGAAAUGCUCCAGCCACACUCGCUUCUGCAGGGCGACCAACCUGUACCUGGACCUGAGGAACCCUCGCAGGGGUCAUGAGAGGUAUAAGGAGGACUUUCUCCAGGAGGGGGAGAUUGGGGGGCGUUGCAGUCUGAACAGCCGAGCGCUGGCCGCAGAAGGAGAGCACAAGAGCCCUCUGCAGUCCUGGUAUGCUGAACUGCAAGCAUACACAGAGCUGGACUUCAACCCCACAGAUGAAGAGCAUUGUGACAUCAUCAUUGAGAAACCUACUGUAUUCAUGAAGCUUGACGCAGGGGUGAACAUGUACCAUCACUUCUGUGACUUUGUCAACCUGUACAUUUCCCAGCACAUCAACAACUCCUUCAGCAGAGACAUCAAUAUCCUCAUGUGGGAUACGAGUUUUAAUGGAUAUGGGGAUCUGUUCAGUGAGACAUGGAAGGCUUUCUCUGACUAUGACAUCAUCCAUCUGAAAACAUUUGACACUAAAAGGGUGUGCUUCAAAGAUUCCAUGUUCUCCCUGCUCCCCAGGAUGAGAUAUGGGCUGUUCUAUAACACGCCUUUGAUAUCUGACUGCUACAGUGAAGGGAUGUUUAGGGCCUUCUCCCAGCAUGCUCUAUAUCGACUCAACGUUCCACAGGAUGGACCCAUGGAGGGGAGGAUUCGGGUGACAUUGUUGGCACGCAGCACAGACUACCGUAAGAUAUUGAACCAGCAGGAGCUCAUAAACGCCCUGAAGACUGUGCCUCUACUUGAGGUCAGAGUGGUGGAUUACAAAUACAAGGACGUUCCGUUCCUGGAGCAGCUCAGCAUUACCCACAGCUCUGACAUCUUCAUCGGGAUUCAUGGGGCAGGACUUACUCACCUGCUCUUCCUUCCUGAUUGGGCCGUCAUCUUUGAGCUAUAUAACUGUCAGGAUGAGAGCUGCUAUCGAGAUCUGGCUCGGCUGCGGGGGAUCCGAUAUGUGACUUGGCAGAAAAGGGACAAAGUGCUCCCAGAAGAUAAGGGUCACCAUCCCACCCUGGGGGAUCAUCCUAAAUUCACCAACUACUCCUUUGACGUGGAGGAGUUCAUGCGUCUGGUGCUGGAAGCAGCAGACUACGUCCUGCACCACCCCAAGUGGCAGCCCCUGCCCAGCCGGGAUGAACUGUAAGCCUGCAGCACGCGGACAGUUUGGUGAAGUCAAACACACGACUAAAACACAGCCGUCUUAUAAAUCUAAAAGUAUUUUUAAUACUAGUUGUUGUAUAUUAUGAAGGUUAAAUUUAAGUUUACAACAUCACUUUUCAGCUAUUUAUUAUUUCAUUUUUUUCUGCAGUGAGUCUUUAACACAGCCUUCUAGGCCAACACAGCCCAAGGUGCAUCUCAGUAGCGAUAAUAAAGAGAAAUCAAAUGGCCUUGGCAAACUUAGAGUACCUGCUACCAUUUUCCUUGUUAGAGAACAGUAUAUGUGCCGUACAUACACUCCUUACAACAAAUUACAAUUUUUAUUACAUGCUGCCACUGGUGGUUGCCGGAAUGAUCGUUUGUUUACUUUCUAAAACAAUGUGUUUAUUUUCUGCUUUUCUGAUUAAAGUGGUGUGUUGUAGACAGACAGGGAUGGAACUUUCAACAUGUUGUAAAUGUGACCAUUUCAUCAACACCGCAGAAUUGUCUUUGCAACUAUUUUGUAGUCACUACAUAUAGUAAACUUCCAUGAAAGGGAAAACACAACAAAUAUAAUCAAUCUAAAGCUGGAUGUUUUAUUUAUAAGUGAAAGGGAGUCAGACCUUUUGGUCAAUGUUUUGGAAAGUCUUGUAAGUCAUGUUAUAUUUCAAAGCCAUGGAAACGUUUUGAAAUAAAUAUUUUCAAAAGUG